AUGGAUCUGUCCACGAUAAGCAUUAUUGGCUGGAUUUAUAUAAUAUUUACCAUAUAUCGUCUGAUGCUUACACUUUACAAUUUAGUCUAUCCAUUUUUCCUAGCCAAACCACGCGAUCUCCACAAACUUGCUGGUGCUAAAUGGGCAGUAAUUACUGGUGCAACAGAUGGUAUAGGUAAAGGAUAUGCAUUUGAAUUAGCAAGAAAAGGCUUCUCGAUAUUGCUCAUCUCGCGCACACAGUCAAGGCUUGAUGAUGUUAAAGCUCAAAUUGAACAAGAAACUUCUUCCGAGGUCCGAACAAUUGCUUUCGAUUUUUCCAGUGCAGAUAUUGAUUAUUAUGAGCAGUCACUGUUGUCACAAAUCCGAGCACUCGACAUCGGCAUUUUGGUGAAUAGCGUUGGAUCUACAUUCGAAUAUCCUGAUCUGUACCACAAAGUUGACGGAGGUAUCAAACUAUUCAAGCAUAUCAGUGUAAUUAAUAUCAUCCCCGCAACAGUGCUAAUGGCAGCCGUACUACCGCAAAUGUAUGAACGAGAUUCAGGCAUUAUCAUCAAUGUAGCCUCAUCCUCUGCAUAUUACAAAUUACGUUGGUUCAGUGUUUAUGCCGCAUCGAAGAAAUACGUCUCUUGGUUAACGAAAAUAGUGCAGGAAGAAUAUGCGAAAACCAAUAUUAUAAUACAGGAAGUGAAUCCGAUGAUUGUAGUCACAAAACUAGCCAAGGUCAAAAGACCAUCAUUUUUCCGACCAAAAGCUGAUGUUUAUGCUAGAUCUGCUGUCCGAACAAUCGGAAUCAUAAAGCACACAACCGGAUAUUUUGCUCACCAGAUAAAGGUGGAAUGCCUCAAAUGGCUACCGGAAUUCAUCGCUGACGCAGAGAUUCACAAACGAAUGAUACUUUUCCAUAAGGUAAUGGUGGCCAGAAAGAUGCGUCAAGCUGCUAUAGCUGCGGCUGCUGAUACCGACUCAGAUGCCAAAAAUACGCGCACAAAACAACAUCAUUAG